UUAAAUAUUUAAUACCAAUGCAGCUUAAAAAAGUAUCAAUAUCUCGAUGAUGAUAUAAUCUUGAAAUCUUAUGAUCUUUUAUGGGAUAAAUUCGGUCACUUGUACUAUACUGGAUCGCAUAUUAAAAACUAUUUAAUAUAAAGUUAAAUACAGUGGUAUAAUAUAAUCAACUUUGACAAUAAAAUAAUGUAUGUAGAUUUUGUUAAAUAAUGUGACAAUAUCAUAGGGUACUUAAUCGUUUAAAAUAUUUACAUGCUUCUAUAUUUUGCUAAUUUCAUGUACCUAUAGUAGCUUUCAGUAUACAUAAUGUAGUAAAUAUGACGAAUUCGCUAUUACUUCGAGUUAAAUAACCCAAUAUUUUAUGCGCCACCCUGUAUACAAAAGAAACGAAACUGUCUUCAGGUUUUUCUUUUAUCUCCAUCUAAGUAAGUUUCAAACUGUGAUUCUGCCGGCAUAAUGCAACUGUAUUGUAAAAUCUGUAUUGUAAAUGUCUUCGACAGUAACGACAAGUCGCCAAUAAAGAUUUACGUGGCACCAUAAAAAGUGGAUAUAUUGUUACUGAAACUUUUUUUAGACUUGUACCUAAAUGGAAGUCUUAAGAGACGGCUUUAAACAGUGUGACUAAGAAUGGAUCACAUACAGGAAGUACGGCAGCUGGAGUUGCUAUGCAAGCAAUUGUACGAGUCGCAGGAUUCAGCGCAUCGCGCAGAGGCGGAAAAAGCCCUGGUCGCUUUCCAGAAUGCACCAGAUACUCUUACGAAAUGCCAGCUUCUCCUGGAUCGCGGAGACUCUGCGUACGCUCAAUUAUUGGCCGCUACCACCUUAACGAAGCUGGUAUCACGUUCGGCACAGGGACAACUUACAACAACACUCAGCUUACAACAGAGGCUUGAUAUACGAAAUUACGUACUCAACUACUUAGCAACACAACCAAAGUUACCGAAUUUUGUGAUACAGGCUUUGGUUACACUAUUCGCGAGGAUAUCAAAGCUUGGGUGGUUUGAUUCCGAUAAAGAGGAAUUUGUCUUCAGGAAUGUAGUCAGCGAUGUAGCUAAGUUUCUUCAGGGGUCAGUGGAGCAUUGUAUGAUAGGAGUACAGUUGCUUUCUCAAUUGACGUGUGAAAUGAAUCAAAUAUCGGAAGCCGAUGCGAACAGAUCUCUGACGAAGCAUAGAAGAAUAGCGAGUAGCUUUAGAGACACACAACUAUUUGAAAUAUUUAGGUUAUCAUGUACCUUACUAAGCACUGCUCGCGAGAAUUGUAAAAAUUUAAAUUUCAACGAUGAGGCGCAGCACGGUUUGAUAAGACAAUUGUUAAAGCUUGCACAAAAUUGUUUGACAUUUGACUUUAUUGGUACAUCAACUGAUGAAAGUUCGGAUGAUCUUAAUACAGUACAAAUCCCGACAAGUUGGAGACCUGCGUUCCUGGAUUUUACUUCGUUGAAAUUGUUUUUUGAUCUAUAUCACAGUCUACCUAAUACAUUAUCGUGUUUGGCACUCUCAUGCCUGGUUCAAAUAGCGUCGGUCAGACGGAGUUUAUUUUCCAAUACUGAAAGGGCAAAAUUUUUGACACACUUAGUCAAUGGUAUUAAGCAUAUACUACAAAAUCCUCAGGGUCUUAGUGAUCCAGGAAACUAUCACGAGUUUUGUAGAUUAUUAUCUCGACUGAAGAGCAAUUUCCAACUUGGCGAGUUGGUUUUGGUAGAGGAUUAUCCCGAAGCAAUACAACUGAUCGCAAAGUUUACAGUGCAAAGCUUACAAAUGUGGCAAUUUGCGCCAAACAGUCUGCAUUAUCUUUUGACUCUAUGGCAAAGGAUGGUAUCUUCAAUGCCGUAUGUAAAAGCUGGUGAUCCACAUUUAUUGAAUACGUACACACCAGAAGUUACAAAUGCGUACAUUACAUCGAGACUCGAAUCGGUAGCAGUAGUGGUCAGAGAACGCUUGGAAGAUCCAUUGGACGAUCUAGGAGUGGUUCAUCAUCAGUUAGAACAAAUAUCAGUCAUUGGUAGGUGCGAGUAUCAAAAAACCUGCACCUUACUAGUCCAAUUGUUUGAUCAAGCUGCAAGAACAUACCAAGAGUUAAUGGCGCAAACGGUGUCGCCAACGCAACAGAUUGAUAUUGCAAUUCAAGAAGGACAACUCACAUGGCUUGUAUAUAUCAUAGGUGGUGUUAUUGGCGGAAGAGUGGCAUUUAACAGUAACGAGGAAUUUGAUGCUAUGGAUGGAGAACUGGUUUGCAGAGUGCUUCAAUUGAUGAAUCUAACUGAUUCAAGACUCGCGCAAGGGGGCUGUGAAAAACUGGAAUUAGCAAUGUUGAGCUUUUUUGAGCAAUUUCGAAAAAUCUAUGUUGGUGAUCAAGUUCAAAAGAAUUCUAAAGUAUACAGGAGGUUGUCUGAUGUGUUGGGUCUUAAUGAUGAGGCGAUGGUACUCAGCAUUUUUAUUCGAAAGAUAAUAACGAAUUUGAAGUACUGGGGUAGGAGUGAACAAAUUAUUUCCAAGACACUACAACUUUUAAAUGAUUUAUCAGUUGGUUAUAGUUGUGUUCGUAAACUCGUCAAAUUAGAAGAAGUACAAUUUAUGCUCAACAAUCAUACGCGAGAACACUUUCCAUUUUUGGGAAACAAUGUUGCUGUGACAGAAAUGCGCUGUAGAUCAAUGUUUUACACAUCUCUUGGUAGAUUAUUGAUGGUAGACUUAGGUGAGGACGAGGAAAGGUUUCAUACCUUUAUGUUACCUCUUACAGGUGCAUUAGAGAGUCUUGGUCAAUUAAUGGGUGCUGCAGAUACACCUCUCUUUGCAGCAGAAGAAGCAAAGAAAGCGUUGAUUGGUUUAGCGCGAGAUCUUAGAGGCUUAGCUUAUGCAUUCAACACCAAGACAUCCUAUAUGAUGCUUUUUGAUUGGAUAUAUCCGAAUUAUACACCGAUUUUAUUACAUGCUGUGGAGUUGUGGCAUCACGAACCGCAAGUGACAACGCCCGUCCUGAAGUUAUUUGCUGAGUUAGUACAAAAUAGGAGUCAACGAUUACAGUUUGAUGCAUCGUCUCCAAAUGGGAUACUGUUGUUUCGCGAGGCUAGCAAAAUAAUAUGUAGCUACGGCAAUCACAUAUUAAACGUUGAAGUACCUAAGGAUCAGAUUUAUCCUUUAAAACUCAAAGGAAUAAGUAUAUGCUUCAGUAUGUUAAAGGCAGCCUUAUGUGGAAGUUACGUAAACUUUGGAGUAUUUAGGCUAUAUGGUGAUGAGGCGUUAGACAAUGCCCUUAAUACAUUUGUUAAAUUACUCCUUAGUAUUCCACAAAGUGAUCUCUUGCAUUAUCCAAAACUAUCAGCAACAUAUUAUUUGUUACUCGAAUGUCUGGCGCAAGAUCACAUGGUCUUUUUAUCUACUUUGGAACCUAGGGUUUUUCUGUACAUCCUUUCCAGUAUCAGCGAAGGCCUUACAGCACUAGAUACUAUGGUUUGUACCGGUUGCUGUGCAACUCUUGAUCACAUUGUGACAUAUUUGUUUAAACAACUUUAUCAAAAAGGAUAUCCAGGAAGGAAAAAUGCAGUUGUUCCUGGAGGAGGAGAAUUAUUUUUACAAGUUUUAAAACAGCAUCCUGAAAUACUUCAACAAAUUUUAAGUACUGUUUUAAAUGUGAUAAUGUUUGAAGAUUGUAGAAACCAAUGGAGCAUGUCUCGUCCUUUAUUAGGUCUCAUAUUAUUAAAUGAGGACGUAAGUUUAUAUUGAUAGUUUCUCUCUUUACAAGAAAAUAUUAUUAGAAGUCAACCAGUUGAUAAGCAAGCAGCGAUGGCCCAAUGGUUUGAAAAUUUAAUGAAUGGGAUUGAAAGAAAUUUACUCACAAAAAAUAGAGAUAGGUUUACACAAAAUUUAUCAAUGUUUAGAAGAGACAUAAAUGAUGCCCUAAAAGGACCUAAUAUAUCAAAUUCAGUCAAUGAUAUGAUGACUUCGUAGUAAUACUGCUCUCUCUGAAAUAGAUUCUUCUAGGUUCUUGCCUGCCAAAUGCUUGAAUGUGUGUGCGAGUGAAACUCUAAAUUAAUGAUAAAAUUAAAAUUAUGGC